CAAGCUAUGUGCGACUUCAGUAAUCAUGUGAAACAUGGAUUUGAGUUAGGAGUGUUUGUCCCAGACAUGGCUUUUGAAGAGGAUUCGUGCAGUGAGGAUAUGUCAUUGGAAGGACUUCAGCAAGAACUAGAAGAAUGUCAAACUGAUGAGGUUGUUGCCAAUGUACUGUCCAGUGGUGCCAAACUUAGAGAAUACGCAAAAGAUGUAGAAAACAAUCUACAGAAGCUUGAAUUGGAAUCCAUUCAGGAUUACAUCAGAGAAAGUGAUAACUUAUCACUUCACGAUCAGAUUUGUGACUGUGACAGCAUCCUGUCACAAAUGGAAACUGUCCUCAGUGGAUUUCAGGAAGAAAUUGGUUUUAUAAGUUCAGACAUAAAGACUCUUCAAGAACAGUCAAUAGACAUGGGUUUGAGACUGAAAAAUCACAGGGUGGCUGAAUCAAAGCUAGCAAAAUUUGUCGAAGACAUUAUACUGCCACCAAAGAUGAUAUAUGUGAUUGUUGAUGGAGAGGUGAAUGAAGAGUAUAUGAAAACACUUGAAAUUCUAAGUAACAAAUUGAAAUUUAUAGAAGCAGAUCCAGCGGUAAAAGGUUCGAGAUCAUUAAAAGAUGUAGAGCCUGAGCUUCAAAAGCUCCGGAAAAAAGCUAUUUCCAAGGGUUGUGAUUUUAUUUUCCAGAAGCUUAUAGCUCUGAGGAAACCCAAAACAAACAUUCAGAUUCUUCAGCAGAGUGUGUUAUUAAAGUACAAGUAUAUUAUAUCCUUCCUCAAAGAACAUGGAAAAGAAGUGUAUAUGGAUGUCCGUGCUGCAUACAUUGAUACCAUGAACAAGGUGUUAAGUGCAUAUUUUCGUGCUUAUAUUCAAGCACUUGAGAAACUACAGUUAGAUAUAGCCACACCACAUGACUUGAUUGGGGUGGAGACUAGAACCACUGGCACUGGCUUCUUCCCAAUAGCUAGGGAGCCACUAAAGAACCGUUCUGCCGUUUUUGCUUUGGGUGAUAGGAUAAACAUUUUAAAGGAAAUUGAUCAACCUGCAUUGAUCCCGCACAUAGCCGAAGCCAGAUCUCUCAAAUAUCCUUAUGAAAUGCUCUUCAGAAGCUUGCACAAACUACUUAUGGAUACAGCUACUUCUGAGUAUUUAUUUUGUGAUGAUUUCUUUGGUGAAGAGUCCAUAUUUUAUGAAAUCUUUGCAGGUCCAUGGUCUGUCAUCGAUGAGCAAUUCGAUCCCGUCCUUUCAAAAUGUUUUGAUGCUAUCGGUCUGAUGCUUAUGAUUCGCAUUAUACACCACAACCAGCUUAUCAUGUCUCGCCGGAGGAUUCCAUGCCUCGAUUCAUAUCUGGACAAGGUUAAUAUUUCUUUGUGGCCACGUUUCAAGAUGGUGUUUGACUUACACCUCAGCAGUCUGCGAGAUGCAAACAUAGAGACAUUAUGGGAAGAUGAUGUUCAUCCUCACUAUGUCAUGAGGCGUUAUGCUGAAUUCACAGCCUCGUUUAUUCACCUAAAUGUUGAAUAUGGAGAUGGGCAGCUGGAUAUGAAUUUGGAGCGUUUAAGAAUUGCAGCAGACAGCUUGAUUCUUAAGCUUGCAAAGUUUUUUCCAAGGCCAAAGCAACAGAUAGUAUUUCUCAUAAACAAUUAUGAUAUGACAAUUGCUGUGCUGAAGGAAGCUGAACCAGAAGGUGGGAAAAUUCAAAUGCAUUUUGAGGAAUUGCUAAAGAGCAACACGUCGUUAUUUGUGGAAGAAUUGCUGGCGGAGCAUUUCAGUGAUUUGAUCAAAUUUGUGAAAACUCGAGACUCUGAGGAUUCAAGUUCAAAUUCAGAAAACUCUAUCAUAGUAGCUGAAGUAGAGCCGCUGGUGAAAGACUUUGGAAACAGAUGGAAGACAGCGAUAGAAUUGAUGCACAAAGAUAUAAUAACUUCCUUCAGUAACUUCUUGUGUGGUAUGGAUAUUUUGAAAGCUGCACUGACACAACUAUUGCUCUAUUACACAAGACUCAAAGACUGCAUUGAAAAGAUAGAUGGUGGAUCUGCUUUGAACAAGGAUCUGGUCUCCUUCAACAUUUUUACCUUCGAGAUCAAGAAAUACAUAACGAGUUUCUGA